AUGGCUGCGCAGCUACUCGCCAUUGGCGAAGCCGACAUUGACCGCAAGGACAGCAUAUAUGGUCGGACGGCGCUUGGUUGGGCGAGUGCGAACGGCCACGAAGCUGUCGUGCAGCUGCUCCUCGAGACGGACAAGGUGGACGUCAACACGACAGACAACAAUGGCUGGUCGCCUCUGCGCUGUGCCUCAGAGAGAAACUAUGAGGGCAUCAUUCGACUUCUA